AUGACGCCUGAUGAAGCUGAAGGCCCAAGCGAAGUCAAGAUAACCAGUCACAUAUACGGAUCAAGAGAAUAUGAAACAAGAGUCGUAAUCAGGAAGCAAGGACAACCUAUGCAGUGUAGGGCUUUCAAAGGACUCCUACCACUUAUCGAGUUGUUGGGGAGAGAUCCAGAGUUAAAAAACAACAGAGAAAUCUCCAAACUGUUCAAUAGAUAUCGGCCUCAACCGGACGUUUUUAUGAAAAUCUUGGAAAUCAGAUAUUCCCAACAGUACUCUGAAUUAUUUGAAGAAAGAGAAAACCCUCCGACUAACUUAUCAUCUCUGAUCUACGAACACUGGAUAUUCUUUUCUGGAGUUUAUUCGAUAUUGUUUUCCUGUCAUUUCAUUUUUUUCGUCCGAAGCAGAAGAGUAGGCUGUGAAAAUCGUAAGAAGCAGGUUGUCUAUUAUCAACAGUACGCAAAGCCUGAAUCGUUCACAGUCAAGGAGUGA